UCGCGUAGGUAGCGUCACUUCCUUCCUUCCUCCUGCAGUUUGUAGGGGCCUGCAAGAAACCAAAAGAAGGUGCUUGUAGCUGCUUUAUAAAAUCUAUAUUCUGUUCUCACCUGAAGAUGGAGCGUCCACAGAACAUGUGAGCAUGAAUCAUCAGUUUUCAUGGAUAUUGCGGAUGUGAGUGUGCAGAUGCAGCUGUCGGCAGCAGCAGUCAGCAUUGAAGCAGCAGGGAUGCCUCCAGCAGACAGCAGCCACGCUCAGCGGGUCCUGUCCCUAUUGAACCAGCAGAGGGCAGUAGGGAAGUUCUGUGAUGCCAUGUUGAAUGUGGGAGGUGGAGUGGUCUACCUUGCCCAUCGCAACAUCCUGGCCUGUUUCAGUGAACUCGUCCAGCUUCAGUCGAGCGUCCCCGCAGCGUCAUGCACAGAGUUCUGCCUCCGGGAGUGUCCGAACGACGGCCUGGAGCUGCUCCUGAACUUCGUCUACACCGGAGAGCUGAAGCUGGACGCUGAAAACCUGGACAAGGUGCAGCAAGCUGCAGCCAGUCUCAGUGUUCCAGAUGCACUCACACUCUGUCAGCAGUUCAGGGACACACCUGUGGAUCCUGCUCCUUUGAAGCGUAAAAGAGGAAGACCUAGAAAGUCUGCAACAGAUACAACCCCAUCUUCUUCAGUCAAGGAAGAGAACUCCCUCACUAUCAUAAAAGAUGAGUCCUGCCUUGAUACCGCUGCUGCAAAUUCAAGCACUUCCACCACCACUACACGCUCUGGUCGUGUAGUGAAGGGUCCAAGGAGACUGGUGACGGAUGAAAGCUUGAAUACUGGAUCUACAGCCACAGAGAGAGACUAUGAGAAUGCUCCUCUUAUUCUGAUGGAAGGAGAAGGUGGUGAGAUUGUUGUGGAAAGACAAACUCAGGAUCAGCAAAGUGGUGAAACUGAGGUCACAGAACUGCAGAUCGACCUCAAUGAAAAGAGCGUGAGCCAGGUACUUGAGAACAUAGGGGGAGAUGACGAUGAUGACGAUGAUGUGGGGGGUUUCGAGGGGGCGAAUGAAGACACAGAUGAAGAAUACGUCCCCAUCGCAGAGCCCAGUUCUUCAGCUCCAUCCGUCUCAACGGCACGUAAACGCAAGGCCGGGAGUAAAACAGACAAGAAGGAGAACGGGGAGGCGAUGGAAGACGAGUCCAAGAAGGACUGUGUGCAGUGUCCGGUCUGUGCCAAAUCCUUCAAGAGUAAAUACUACCUCAAAGUCCACAACAGGCGGCACACAGGAGAGAGGCCUUUUGGCUGCGUUAAAUGUGGAAAGAGGUACUUCAGGAAGGAGAACCUGUUGAUUCAUGAUAUCAGAGACUGCUCUAAAGUUCACACGCUCACCUGUGUGACGUGCUCUGCUACCUUUACUGCGAAAGAAGAGCUGCGUUUGCACGUCGUCACUCACACAGGAAACAUGCCCUACAAGUGUUCAACAUGCACCGAACAAUUUAUGUACAAGAAAAACUUGACGACUCACCUGAUGAAGGUCCACGGUCAUCCCAAACCACACGCAUGUCCCCAGUGCCCCAAAACCUUCCUCACAAAGACAGAGCUGCGUGUCCACGAAGCGGCCAAACACAGAGGAGAGAAGCCGUUUGUGUGUGAGGAGUGCGGUCACCGAGCGUCCAGUCGAAACGGUCUGCAGAUGCACAUCAAAGCCAUUCACAGAAACGAGCGUCCCUUCGUGUGCAGCUUAUGCAGCCAUGCAUUCUCCCAGAAGAACAACCUGAACAUGCACCUGCGUAUCCACAGUGGUGAGCGGCCGUACCAGUGUCACCUAUGUGGAAAAACCUUCAGGACACAAGCCAGUUUAGAUAAACACAACCGGACACACACCGGUGAGCGUCCUUUCGGCUGUGAAGUGUGUGAGCAGCGCUUCACAGAGAAAGGAGCUCUCCUUCGGCACAAGGCCAGCAAGCACGAAGAGGGACGGCCUCACUGCUGUGAUAUCUGUGGGAAGACAUUCAAAGCGAAGGAGCAGCUUCGUGUCCAUCUGCGUCGGCAUAAAGGGAUGAGGAAGUUUGAGUGUUCAGACUGCGGCUACAAGUUCACCAGACAGGCUCACCUGCGACGACACGUUCAAAUCCACAAACGCACCGAGAACUACAACCCCCGACAGAGGAAGCUGAGGAACGUGAUCGUGCAGGAAGUGGACAACAGCCCUGAGGCAGCAGAUCCCUCUCUGAUCGCAGACGACGCGGACUACAACCCCGAGACCGACAGCGUCCAGGAGUCCACAAACCCAGAACCCACCUUGGUGAUGGGUCUCGGUUCCAGCUGCAUCGUGAGGGUGGUGAUCGAGCCGAGGGAUGCGGUGAUGGAGGGGGUGGUGUCCGAUCAGAGCCUGGGACAUGUGGAGGCGGGGGACGGUUUUACGGUGCAGGGAGUGUUGCAGCAAACACAGCUGGACAGUGAAGCGUACGAGUCCACGAUCGAUAUGGAGGGGAUAGUUCAGAAUAUGACAGAGGACAAGACCUGAAGACUCAAGACCAGAAUCUCUUUGACUGUUGAGGACACCUCCUGAAUGAGACACUCAAAUGUGACGGAGGAUAAUCGUGCAUGUUGUCAAAAAUCUGUCCCUACAGAUCUGCAGAUGUGCUUUAAGUCGUCAACACAUGAACUGAACUGCAUGAUUGUGAAAGCUGUUUGAUGGAGAGAUGUCCUCUGCUGUUUUAUUCAGCCCCCCUUUUUCAUCAUCGUGCAUCCUGCAGCUGAAAUCUGGAAAAUCAAGAAUCAUGAUCUUCAUGAGUGUUUAGUUUUACCGCUGAGGGACCGUGUUUGUGAUAUCAACUGACUAGGUUGGUGUUUGGAAAUAUAAGACUCCCUGGUCAGGUCAAAGGUUUGAUAAAAGAUUGCUAACUGUCACAUCUGUCUGUUGAAACUCCAGUCAAGAGAUUGUAACGGUUUUGAAAAUGACAGCAAUGAUCGCAAAUGCCUCUUUGAGAGCUACAAAAGCAAACCACAGACUGCAUUAAACAUCAACAUCUUAGUGAUGUCACCAGAGACCAUAGACGCUUUUUCCCAUUGUACGGUCUUGAAGCCAAAAUAUCUCGUUCCAGAACGCUGCCGCCAUGUAAAUUUUCUGCAGCCAAAGUCUGUGCAGUAGGGAAUUUGUGUGAUUCCACGCCUACAAGCUCCGCCCUACAGCGUCCCACCGGAGUUUCUCUCUACGGCAGCUGUCAAUCAAAGCAAACCCAGAUGUAAAACCCUGUUUUUUAACCUCUGAUAACUAACGAAAAAGAGGCCUUGAACACAAAACAGUCGAAUACUAAGUACAUAUCACCACAGCAUACCAAUGUGAGAAACAUUCGUACAAUGUGUAUUUAUUUAUUUAAGUUUGACCGCAGCCCCAUUCAUAUGAAUGGGGGAGAUGGAGUUUUCGACUUAUACUGCAGCCAGCCACUAGGGGGAGCAGAUUUUGUGGCGGCCUCACUUCGAGCCCAAGCGGCAACCUCUGGUCUCAAACGAUGAAGCCCAUGCAGAAGUGUUUUAAACUGCAAUUCAUCAAGGCUGCAGAAACACCGGAAACCACAUACACACCCAUUCAAAACAGACGAUCUUUGCAGCAGAAAUAAACAUGUUUACAGCCUGGUUCAAAAAACGGCUUCGGUCUACGUAGCUAAUUUCUCUCUCGGCACACACUGUACGGGGGGUGAAUUUUUUUCUAACACGACGGUUCAGAAGAUAUUAAGAUUACGAGUUUUUGCCCAAAUAAGGACAUGACUGACUUGACUGACAGGCGGGAACACUGUAGCUGUUGGCUAGGAGGCUCAAACUCCACCUCUUUACGUCACACUUUGCCUGGUUGAGUUCUGAAUUACCAAUAUGGCUGCCGCCGUCGAUUGGCUUCAAAACAGCGCUCAGGAACAGAUGGGUGACGUCACGGAUACUACGUCCAUUAUUUAUACACUCUAUGAUUUUUGCACCAGAGGUUGCCGCUUGGUGGACACUUGUGGUACUGCAGUUUUUUGCACUCUUGGCAUCAUUUUUAAACAUGAGAUUGCCACUUAAAGCUAACAAAACCAUGGCUGUUUUCCAAACCACCUGCUUCAAACUACAUACGAAUGUAGUAUGAAGGUAGUCUGUAGUAUGACUGUUCUGUUGGAUCUGAUCUGCAGGAUGCUGGAUCAGGCGUCGCUGGAUUUCUGAUUUCAGAAAGCAGAAGUACACAGCGGCCGAGCUGAUGGAUAAACUGCUUCUUUAGCAUCACUUAUAAUUUAAAAAGUUAAGAAGCGGUUUAUAUGGAAUUUAAUAGUUUUCAAAGCACCAAAAACUGAGUGCCCCCGUCAAAUACAGAAAAAUGAAGAAUUGGAAAGUUAGCACGGGGGAGACUGGUCCAAUGCAUACUGAGACAUUUGCCUUCAUCAGUACGACAUCCAGGUAGUUUUGGCAUACUGCAGAUUUUGCUCUUGUUCACAUACUACAUACUGGAUUUGGGCCAAAUCAGUACGUACUGCUAGCUCAUCAGCAUACAGACUGAUCAUUUCUAAAUAUUGCAUGCUUAGAAAUGCAUUUGAUGUGUUUGUUGAACUAAAGAAACUUUUUCACUGCACUUAUCACCUUUAACAAUGUUUACAGACGUCAGCACAUCCUUGUUUAGAAAUAAGACUCUACACAGGUGAGUAGUUUAAAGUAAAGAUACAGCUUUAUAAGUGAACGCAUCAGCUUCUCAUGCUAUCUAUAAAAAAUAACUUUACACACUAUUCUGCGACAUCACAUGUGACUCAGCAGAAUAAACUCUUUGACCUGC